CGGCGCGUGACGUCGGGGGAGGGAGCUGGCCAGUGCUGAGGGGGCGCGGCGCGGAGGGGCGCGGAGGGGCGCGGAGCCGGGCGGCUCGGGGCCCAGAGAGCGCGGCGGACGGGAGCCCGCCGGCCCCUGACAGCCCCCUCCCCCCGGCGGACGACGACGACGAGGACGAGGGCGCCGGUCAUGGCGGAGCAGCGAACCGAGCGCGGGCCCUGAGCACCACCGCAUGGAGCGGGACGAACGGCCGCCUAGCGGAGGGGGAGGCGGCGGGGGCUCGGCGGGGUUCCUAGAGCCGCCCGCCGCGCUCCCUCCGCCGCCGCGCAACGGUUUUUGUCAGGAUGAAUUGCCAGAGCUUGACCCGGGCACUAUUUCUGUUCCAGAUGAUCGGGCUGAACAACGAACCUGUCUCAUUUGUGGGGACCGUGCUACAGGCUUGCACUAUGGGAUCAUCUCCUGUGAGGGCUGCAAGGGAUUUUUCAAGAGGAGCAUUUGCAACAAGCGGGUAUAUCGGUGCAGUCGUGACAAGAACUGUGUUAUGUCUCGGAAGCAGAGGAACCGAUGCCAGUACUGCCGCCUGCUCAAAUGCCUCCAGAUGGGGAUGAAUCGGAAGGCAAUCAGAGAAGAUGGCAUGCCUGGAGGCCGAAAUAAGAGCAUUGGGCCCGUCCAGAUAUCAGAGGAAGAGAUCGAAAGGAUCAUGUCUGGGCAGGAAUUUGAGGAAGAGGCCAAUCACUGGAGCAACCAUGGUGACAGCGACCACAGUUCCCCUGGGAACAGGGCUUCAGAGAGCAACCAGCCCUCACCAGGCUCCACACUGUCCUCCAGUAGGUCUGUGGAACUGAACGGAUUCAUGGCAUUCAGGGAGCAGUACAUGGGGAUGUCUGUGCCUCCACACUAUCAAUACAUACCGCACCUUUUUAGCUAUUCCGCCCACUCGCCACUCCUGCCCCCACAAGCUCGCAGCCUGGAUCCCCAGUCAUACAGUCUGAUUCACCAGCUGGUGUCAGCCGAGGACCUGGAGCCACUGGGCACACCCAUGUUGAUUGAAGAUGGGUAUGCUGUGACUCAGGCAGAGCUGUUUGCCCUGCUUUGCCGCCUGGCCGAUGAGCUGCUCUUUAGGCAGAUUGCCUGGAUCAAGAAACUGCCUUUCUUCUGCGAGCUCUCAAUCAAGGAUUACACGUGCCUCCUGAGCUCUACCUGGCAGGAAUUAAUCCUGCUGUCCUCCCUCACCGUUUAUAGCAAACAGAUCUUUGGGGAGCUGGCUGAUGUCACUGCCAAGUACUCACCCUCUGAUGAAGAACUACACAGAUUUAGUGAUGAAGGGAUGGAGGUGAUCGAGCGGCUCAUCUACCUGUAUCACAAGUUCCAUCAGCUAAAGGUCAGCAAUGAGGAGUAUGCUUGCAUGAAAGCAAUUAACUUCUUAAAUCAAGAUAUCAGGGGUCUGACCAGUGCCUCACAGCUGGAACAGUUGAACAAGCGAUAUUGGUACAUUUGUCAGGAUUUCACUGAAUAUAAAUAUACACAUCAGCCGAACCGCUUUCCUGACCUCAUGAUGUGCUUACCUGAGAUUCGCUAUAUUGCAGGAAAGAUGGUGAAUGUACCCCUGGAGCAGCUGCCCCUCCUCUUUAAGGUGGUACUUCAUUCCUGCAAGACAAGUGUGGGCAAGGAAUGACCUGUUCCCAGCGCCCCUCCUCCGGCCAACCACAGCGCCUUGGGUGGGCAGGACAGGCUCCAGAAGAAAGAGCCAGAGAGACCAAGAUGGAGGCUGUGGAGCAGUGUUUCCAGUUGCCUCCAUAGCAAGAAGAGUUUUUGUUUGUUUGUCUGUUUUUUUAACCUCAUUUUUCUAUAUAUUUAUUUCACGACAGAGUUGAAUGUAUGGCCUUCAACAUGAUGCACAUGCUUUUGUGUGAAUGCAGCCGAUGCAUUUCCUUGCAGUUUACAGAAUGUGAAGAUGUUUAAUGUUAUAGUGUUGUCAUUGUUUAGAGAUAGUUCUUUUGUAUUUUGAGGGAGAGGGUGGGAUGGGGCUGAGAUGAAUAUUUCCAUAAUGUUGACAAAGACGACUACCUCAGUGGAAAGGGAGGGGUGUGACCAUCCUUACUUUUUCCACAUGUUCUCAGCAGACUCCUACAUUAGUCUGUCAGAGAGCAAACUGCCUUUUUCUAGCCACAGAAUUGCCAGGUAAAAGUAAAAGAGCACACCAUAAAGGGGCAAAGUGGUAUUGGGAGGUUUAUUAAGCAAAGUGGGUGAGACAUUGGAAACAGGGCAGGAGAUGAGGAUUUAGCCAUCUCUUUUCUUUGGAAAGCAUGAUAGUUGAGGGAGUAGGGUACAGUGACCAAAUCUAUGUUAGAUGUCCUCCCUCCAAACAACUCUUCAGGGAGAAGGGUUUCUGUUCUCACACCAUGCUGUGGGCUCCCCCCACCCCCACCGUCCAAACCACCACUAUUAGUUUCUGCCACUGUCAACUUUUUAUCCACACAUGGUCCUGGCAGUAAGUUAAUUCUUGGGACUUGUCUACCAGCUCCCUUGGGGCUCGCAGCUACCUAGUGUCUACCUGGAUCUACCAAGGUCUACUUUCCUGAGACUCCUUGCCUCUCUCCUAUAAAUUUUACUUCCUGUUGGCCCUUUGAAAAAAACAACUGAACAAAAUGUCAUGCUCUGAAUCCUGGUGCCCACUACUGAUUUAUUCUCCGUUCACCUUGCUUUUUUCAAAGGUUAGUGGGACAAAGGCCAGACUGCUAAAAGAACAAACAAUCUUCCUUUCCCUGUUCCUCCCCUCACCCCAUCCCAUCUCAUUCUCAGGACUGAAUCCAAAACCUGCAGUCUUUUAUACAGUGGGAAGGACCAUUCACCCAUCAGCUAAACAGAAGUUUUGCCCCCUCAUUCUCCUCCCAAGUUCUCCUAAUCUCUCCAAAAUGAGACCAGGUUUCCUUAGAACAGAAAGCCCCAGUACCGGAGUGGCCCACCUGCCCGUUAGAUUAUCAGUGGCCUGGCUGACCAAGGCCUGGAGGGCUGGAGUCCAAAGCACCUGGAAGGGGAGGGGGGCCUGAAACUACCUCAUGUUCCUAAGGGCCUGGCUGCCCCCCUCUGCAGAUACAGCCUGGACCUCCUAUUCUUUCACUACCUACCCUACCGAGUUCUGGGAAGUAUUCCUUACCCUCUUGGCUUUGGCCAGUGGCCACACCAUGUCUAUCUUAGAACUCUUUCAGGUGCUUUUCCUUUCUCUGCCUUACUAUAGCAAUUUUCCCUGCCCAUACCCAGGUACCUCCCACAGCCAGUGCAGCAGACGGACCACUUUAGCUGGGUGCCUCCCUGGGUGGACUUGAGGGGCCUACAGCAUUUUGUUUUGCCUGUUUAGUCAAAGGCCGUUUGCUCUCUUCCAACCCAGCCUAGCAAAUUUACCUAGUGGGCCACCACAUUGUGUGCAUACCAGGUAGUCUGUGUCGGAUUAUAAUUUUUUCUUUGCAGUGAAAUGUUACGGGUACCAGCAGAGUGAUGACUUUGUCCCUUGAUGGGUCUAAAACUCAGAGCAUUACUCCUUAAUGCCAUUUCCCCAGCUGCUCUGAGAAAGAAAAAAGAGACACGUUCCUCAGGAAAAGCUCCAACCAGAAUGUUUUUCACAUGUUGAUGGGAAGAUUUUUGUGUGUGUAUCUGUUUAUUUCUAAGUUCACAAUAUUUUUGUUUCCCUGAAUUUUUUAUUUAACCAACUAGAUCACAUUCUUUGGCUACAGGUCAGACUCCGAGCAGCUUUCCUCAAGAUAGGGGAGGAGACAUAUAUCAGAGUCCCCUUCUCCAAGACUGCUCCUGUGUGCAGUAUCUUUCUUUGCUUAGACCUCCAUCUCUCAGAUUAUUAUUAUUUUUUGAAAUUGCUUUUCUCUUAAAUUAAGCAUUUUCCUGGUUGUGUUGGGUAUCAAAGGAAAUUGUUCUCUGACAAGACAAGAACACGUCUCUCCAAUAAUGCAGCAUUAAACAGAGUAAGUUGUUAAUUUGUGGAGUGGGGGAAAGGUUCUGCAAGUUGCCAUUGUACAAAUCCAUUUUUACAAAUGUUUGCAGCAGAUUCCACAGAACAAAGAGCCCAUUCUUUGCCAAGAGCCCUGCAGAAUCUCUGAGCCAAGUGGCCGUGUGUUCCAAGCCGGAGCCUGACCUGUGGACAGCCUUUAAUGUCUUCUGCACCCAGUCCUUUUAUGACGUGGGCUUUUUUUAAACAGGGUAAAGUGAAUGUGUUGCAUUGCGAACUCAGGUAUUAUGAGGAGAAGGUAGGAGUGUAGCUAGCAGCGUGGAGACAUUAGGUCAGCCACUAGAUGUAUUUGUGAAUUUGGUUUGAGGGACACACAGAAAGGUUGGAGGGGGAGGUUUGAUGUGUUUGUUUUUUGCCUUUCUUCCCAUAAUGUUUGGUUAACAGGUAGCCUUUUUGCUAGUGGAAGAAGAAAAAAGUUGUGCAUGUUGUCUCUGAUUCCCCUCUCUUCUGUCCUCUCUCUGAUCCCCUGCUACCAACAGUGCUCACUUUGAGUGAGAGUUUUUCCACCAUAAAAAUAUAACCCUGAAAGCUGUGUGGUAAAGGAGAAUCCUACCUCCUUGCACUUCAAUGCAAAAAUGCAUUGAAACACACAGGCUUUUCCUUUCCUUUCCCUUUAAAUGUUUUCUUGACCCAAGACAAAAGUUUGGAAUCUUGGAACUUCACCUACAACUUAUGCUCUCUGGCUCCUUUGUAGAAUUUUGGAGUCUUUCACAAGGUUCGGUGGCCUUGCCCUUAGUCUGAAGAAACUCCCCAGAACCUGUCUCAAAGCACUCCACCUGGCUCAGAGGACACCCAGCCCCAUGCUUAACACAUAAUUGAGGUGGGAGAACCUCCAGGGAUAGAAGGCAGCAUGCGGGAACCUCCUUGUCUUGUUCCCCAGAAGCAGAGGAUGGAUAGAGGGAAUCUAAGGGUCUCCGCAGCGUUGCUGACAGUCACCUGCUCCACAUUGACCUGCCUCUCACCUGCCACCCCUUUGCAGGGAUGUGACUACCUGCCAUGGCCAAUAUGUUACCAGGUCCUUAAAACCCUGGGCUCUCUGAGCUGCCUUGCUCUGCGCCCCAUUUCCUACCUUUGUUUGUUCUUGAUUUCCUGGGGGAAUGGGACAGAUGGAGACAGAUGGACAAACCCAGCAUGGGCAACAUCUAAGCCAUGCCCAAGGUUGGCCAAAGUAAGGGGACCCUGGCCUCCCAGGAGGGCAGGAAGUUCAGCAGUGGUUCCAAGUCUUUAGCUCUGGGCCCCUGGUCUAUGUCUUUUUCCUUGUUGCUUUUUAAAAUUUUGCAAUUAUUUUCAGAAAUCCAGUCUUUUAGAUUCAGCUCUUUUAUUAAACUUUAAAUUUUUCUUUGAUUUUUUUAAACAAAUAAACUAAACAAAAACACCACUGCUCUUACUUUCCCCAGUUUGAUCCAUGAGAAUCCCCUACACUCCCCUCUGCCUUUGCAGUUGAUCAUUCCUCCCUUUUUUCUCAGCUCGAAGCAUCUAUGGCCAGUGUCUGUGAAAUGAUGUUUUAUCUGUGUCUCAGGAUGAGAAACGGCAAUCAUUCCACCAGGUGCUGGAAACUGAUUAGCCUCGAGGCAAGGGUUUCUAGGGCCACAGCUCAGGGAUGUGUAUUUAAUUACAGGGUCCCCAGAAACCCCUCUCUUGGCUGCCACAAACAGCAGCUUCUUUUCUGGGCUUGAGAACCGGACCUGGACUGUUCCUCAGAGGCAGGAGCCCCAGAGAACAUGCGGAGUCGGGGAGCAUGCUGGGGCUCCCUUCUUGGCUAGACCUGGGCUACCUUGAAACUUGAAGACUUCUGGCUAUCCUGCAACAUGAGCCACAGUGGCCCUGCCUCUACCAGCUCAUAAAAUGCCUGGUCGCCCUGCCCACUCCAGUGCCCAUCUGGCCUCCCUCUUCUGGGCCUGCAGCCCUAAAUGGAGCACAGCCUGCUCAGGAGUCUGUUGCGGGCUCGAGGGGAAGGUGUGCGUUAGGCCAGAGCUUGCUCCACGCCCAAGAAAAAAGUCGUGUUACUGGUGAAGGCUAGUCUUCCAAAUCCUGGACCUAGCCCUGCCAGCCAAAGGAUCAUUUUUGCCCUUUGGUGACCACUUUUGUUUUUCUUUCUCUGAAAUGUCUUACAAUAGGUAAUAAUGUUGUUUGACUCAAAUUUCCAUGAAAAAAAUAAACUACCUCUUGAGUGACAUCCUGAUCGAUUCCUCUCUGAGGAAUCCUGUGGGAAAAGAAAACUUUAGCUCCUGCUCUGUUUACAUGUUUCUGUCGGGAAAGAAACUCUGCCUGCCCUGGGGUGUUGGUGUUUUUGUCUGUGUUGCCAUCCCAGGCUUGCGAUAGGGCCUCGUGGCUGCAUUGUGAUGUCUGGGCCAUGUCUGGGGAGUCCCAGCCACCUGCCCAGCCAGGGACUAGCCACCCCCUUGAAGAGGCCACCAUUUCUUUCCUGUGAGCCAAGGCACAGGGAGCACCACCUCUCACAACCCCACCUUCAGGGGCUGCGGUGGCACAUGCAUCAGUGAGCAUAUCCUUGGGCUACCUACGCUAGGCCCACUUGCACCCACAGUCCAGUGUAGGAAUCGUGUAAAUGGGAUGUCUCUGAGCCCUUGUCCCCAAAGGGCCAGCCAAGGGCUGCCCGCCAGCCUAGCUCCAUCAACCCUGCAUGACCAAAUGAUAGUUGGUGGGCUCUGCAGGCUGCCCAGGCCCUCGGCUACCUCGCACCCUGCCAGCCGGCAAGGGAUGGGCCCUUUGCUGUGAAUUGACUACCUGUGGAAAUGUGACCAAGUAGUGUGAAAUGCAUGUUUAGCGAAUGUUAGGUACUGUAUUUGAACCAAUAAAUGUGAAUCCUUCU